CCGGCACCAGCUCCUCGUUUCACUCAAGCAGCGACCUGCCUACGAGCUGCGAGCCGAGACGGACGCACCAGAGAACGGCUAACAAACACCGACCCGAGCGCCUUUCUCCGCACCUCCACUUCUCUGACAUGUUAGCGACACAAGUCCACGCGUCCAGGCUGUAAAUCCCCGUCGACGUUGGCUGCGAUCCGGACGUCGGCUCCUGAAAAAAAAAAAAACAAGAGACGAAAUUGAUGCAUCUCGCUGUACGUCGCGGCUUGUUUUGACCUGCUAAAAAGAAUCCUGCUAGAGGAUUAGCGGACCGUCAAUGAGGAACUACCGGCUCAUCUUUUGCCACAACCUGAAGCAGCCCUAGAUGUUUUACCCUUUCACUGGUGUGGGGAGGAGCGGAUAGGACACACUUUAACUGCUACACGACGUCAGGCCUCGGCGGGGUUGUGGUGAGGUGGAGGAGCAGGCCAUGAGGAAGAGCGUGUCUCCGUUGCCAGGUGACGAAGGCGGGAGCUCGGCCAACACCACUCGUGUCUUCGGCGUCCCGUUGGAGGAGGUGACGCGCGCGCACACCAUCAGCGGACACGAGGUCCCAGCGCUGGUCAAACACAUCGUAGAGUACAUCGAGGAACACGGUGAUCUGGACUUGGAGGGCGUGUUCCUGGUGAACGGUAAUGCAGAGCGAGUAGAGUGGCUGCGUCAGAGGUACGACAGUGGGGAGGAGGUGCAGCUGCAGAGGGAGGCAGACCUGGCCUCAGCCGUGUCCCUGCUCCGGCUCUUCCUCCAGGAGCUGCCCGAGCCCGUCAUCCCCACCGCCAUGCAGGCACACAUCCUGCAGCUCCACCAAGAUUACAGUGGUGAGGAGGAACAGUGCAGAAGGCUCAAGUACCUGCUCCAGCAGCUGCCUCAAGUGAAUUACGGUCUGCUCAGGUUCUUGUGCCGGUUCCUGUCCAGCGUGGCGUCUCUGCAGCAGGACAGCUGGAACGUGGAGGCGCUGGCAGCCGUCUUCGGACCAGACAUUUUCCAUCUGUCCACAGAAGCAGAGGACCUCCGGGAGCAGGAGAGUGUGAGCAGAGUGCUGGCAGAGCUGCUGGAUAACCAGGAGGGACUAUUUGACUCGGAGGAGGAGGACGUGUCCACCACAAAUGACUACAGCUCCAUCAAUGAACAGAUCACAGAACUGUUGGACGACGACAAGUGUGAAGCCGAGUGUGAAGAGCUGCCUCAGGACGGAGACGAGGGCUCCUCCGACUCACCGCAGCCCCCCAACCCCAAAGCUGGCCCCGCCUCCAGCUCCCACCUCUCUCCUAUAUCCAUCCUGCCCGCCGACUCAGCGCAAAUUUUCCAGCAGACCAUCCGAGCGGCUGUGGAGCACCAUCUCCUGGAGCUGAAGACCUCCAUCGACCAAGACCUGGGCAGUUACACAAAGCAAAGGAUUAGCGCAAAGGAAGCAUGUGGUCGCCAUGGUGAUGAAGAACAACAAACAGAAACGGAAGAUCUUUUGUGCGACGGAGAUGGAGAGACCCCAGCUGAGCAGAGUCACAGAGAUGGAGAGGAUUCAGAGGCCACCCCAGAGGAAGGCUCCGGGAUGGACUUGGAUCAAAACAACAUUAACACUGCCAGGCAGGACAAUCAAACCUGUAAUAUCAUGGAAGAAACUGACAAUGGAUGCUGUGACUUGGAUCCGUGCCAGUGCGAUCAGAACGCCAACACCAGCGAGCCCAACAGAAACCUCCUGUCUCCGUGCCAACCACACACAGGCUCCUCCCCUCACAUGCAGCUGUUCCCUGACAACCAGUGGGAAGCGCCAUCCCCCUCUCAUGCCCACAUCCCUCCCAUAGACUUCUCAUGUAUGCACCUGCAGAAAGAAGGCCAGGAUCCCGUCCCGGCGUUCAUGUCCUGGCAGGGGGAGAGUGACAGCGGAGAGGCCCAGCUGUCCCCCCUGGCCGGCCGCAUGGUGCCGCUGCCCCCUCUCCUGCUGGCCGAGGGGGGCGAAGAGGAGGAGGAGGGCACGAGCCAGGAGCUGUCCCCCUCCUCUGCCCGCUCACACCCACACGCGCUGACCAGAAGGUUCCUGGACUUCGGAGCUCACAGUGCCCAGAGGUUCCUCCAGCAGGACCCUGACAGCACCUCACCCACUAAAACACACAGCAGACCCCGACGAGCAUCAUUUGGCUCUAAAGAGGCCAUGAGAGGCGACUCAGUCACACACCAGCUCACCAAGAAGCUCCAGCAUCUCAAGAAGAAAAUCAAACAAUUUGAAGAGCAGUUUGAGAAGGAACGAAACUAUAAGCCCUCUCACGGAGACAAAGCAGCUAACCCCAAAGUGCUCAAAUGGAUGACCGACCUCACCAAGAUCCGGCGUCAGAUCAAAGAAGCCAAACAGCGAGCAGAGAGUGAGCUGGGCCCUCAGACCCGCCCACGGAGCAACACUCUCCCCAAGAGCUUCGGCUCCACCCUGGACCAGGACCCUCAAACCAGCAGCAGCGUCAGUGCGGAGGAAGGCCCCAGCCCCACCCGAGAGGAGACGAUGGAGCUCAUCCAGAAGAGGGUCAGGGGGAAGAGAGAGGAGGACUGCUGGCCUGAGGAUAUCAAGAAAAUGACAAAGGAGCAGCUGUCAUGUGAGAAAACAGUCCUUCAGAAGAACCUGCUGCACUAUGAAGGAAUCCACGGCCGACCUGUGACCAGAGAGGAGCGUCUGGUGAUGAAGCCGCUGUACGAGCGCUACAGGCUGGUCAAACAGAUGCUCACCAGAGUCAGCAUCACUCCCAUCACAGUGUCCCCCUCCAGCAAGAGGCGGAGUCAGACUCUGCAGCCUAUCAUCGAGGGAGAGACUGCCCACUUCUGGGAGGAGAUAAGAGAGGAGGAGGAAGAGGAGCAGAGAGCAGCCGGGGCCACUGAAGAAGAGCAGAGGGAGGAAGAGAGAGAGGAGGAAGAAGAGGAGGAUGAGGAGGAGGAUGGAGAGAGCAGCGGAGGAGAGACACCCAGCCCUGACGUCAUCAUGCUCAGCCACCCCAUGAGUCAGUCAGACCAGAGCCUGUGUCGGACUGAGCCGAUCAGAAGCAAGCUGGAGGAGGGCUCAGGAAAGCUGGCAAUGGAUCUGCGACUGUCCAGCUCCAACGCCUCGUCUAUGCCUGAGCUGCUGGAACAGCUGUGGAAGACCAGAGCAGAGAAGAAGCAGCUGAGGAAGAUCAUCCGAGAGUUUGAGGAAGAUUUCUAUCAACAAAAUGGAAGAAACGUGCAGAAGGAGGACCGGCUGCCUAUGCAGGAGGAGUACAGAGAGUACAAGAGGAUCAAGGCCAAACUCCGCCUGCUGGAAGUCCUCAUCAGCAAACAGGACUCCUCCAAAUCCAUCUGACCCGUCCCCCUUCCUCCUCUCUCUGUCAGCAUCUCCCGAACAUAACACUGAGCUCACUUUAGACAGGGCAAAAGUGUCUUGUCAUAACCUUUUAAUGUUCAAACGAAUAUGAAACCUACAUGCACUUGCAAAUUAGACUACGUGGUAAGAGAUACAACCCUACAGACUUGCUAGUAUAAGUAUUCGUAGUACUAACAUAUGCCAAAAUCUGCCAUGUAGCCUUGAUGAUUAUAAGCUAAAUGCGGACUUCUAUUACGAUUGACGAGUGGUGUUUUAUUUGAAAUCUUUUGCCAAAACACAUAGCUCCAAAGAUGAUUUCUGCCCAUUUUUUAACCCGCUGCAUAUCCUACGUUUGCCUGUUAACCCAACAACAACAACGUUUGUCCAAAAAACUCUCAUCGCGACUGAAAACUGUGGAUUCACUUUUAUUAGAAGAAAAACUCUUUUGUUUGACGUUCUUCAUACUGAGGAAUCUUACGGACAGCUCAAAGACUGGCUCUUUUCAAGACUGUGACCCAUUGACUGUUAUUGUUUUGUCAUAAACUCUUCAAACUCAGAUACUGGGACUAUUUUUUGUGUGUACAACACAAAAUCACAUACGUUUUCUUUUCUCUGAUGGCUGCAUUUGUCGCUCCUCUGGGUUUUAGAAUAGAUUUUUUUUUAUCACUGGAAGUAAUCACCAGAAAAACACCGUUAUCGAUCUAAGGCUUCGGUGAUUUGGACUUUGAAGAUUUGGAGGAUUCCAUGAACGCAGCUUAUUUUUUGUUCCUAAAAUUUGUGCUAAUUAGCCAUUCUACUCAUUUAGGUGCUGCCAGUGGUGGGUAAUAUAUUUUCUACAUAAUAUUAAUAUAGUUUUUUGAAAAAUUUAAAAUUGAGUGCAUCACCUAUAAUAAUAAAACUGUGAAAAAGCGACAAAAUGGACUUAUUAGAGCUUUCUCCCAUGAUAGCGCUCUGAAGGGGGAGUGAGUGACUUAGCACGGGGAGCAAACAAAAGGGAGACUCAGUGUGUUUUCAGCAGCUAUAGCAUUUUCAAAACGAUAAUGGGUAACACGGUGAUCUAUGAGGUGUAAAUUACUAAAAAAAAAUACUCCUCCUUCAAGUCCAUUUCACUUUUUUUUUAAAUAUAUUUCCAGACAUUUACACGCGACAUCUGCAGAUGGAUUGUAAAAAUACGAUUAAUUAUUCUAUCAGAAGAAUACAAAAAAGCAAGAGAUUAUUUUUGUCAAUAUUGCCCACCCCUAGGAGGCGCUGACGACUUCUAUAGAGAUUUUGACAGAACACAUUUACGCUCUGCAGCCUUUCGCAGUUGUUCAGUCAUGUCCUGCUGGCGGGGUAAACUUCGGUUAAUUAGACAUUUUGUGGAUACGAGCGAGAAGGCGUCGAACACAAUUUCCAACGAUGAAAAGGUUUUUGAAAUCUGGGUAAAAUGAAAUGACUUCUAACAUGUGUCUGUUUAUCCACACGAGCAAUUUUUUUAUCUAUCAUUGCAGUGGGGAAAAGCUGUUAUUAUUUGUGUUAUUUUACAGGGCAUUUGUAGGAGUUGCAUUAGACAAGUGGUUGAAAUACAAAGUUUUAAGUGGGACUAAACACCAACGCAUCGCAACAGAGUAAAAGGAUUUUCAUCUACAAAUUUCAUACAUUUUAGUCCAGUUUAAGUCAGCUCAUUCGCAGCUUAAAAACUUAAAACGGUCAAAUAUCAAGUGAAAAAAAAGCCAAAUCUGGUCAAAGUGUGUCACUGCAUUUCAAGAGGCCUGCCUCCUCUCGCUUCUCCCGCUUUGGUCCUCCGGAGCGCCCCAAUCGCACUCCCUUUUGGUCCUCUAUCCAAUCCAGUCCACUUUAUUUAUAUAGCACAUUUCAUAAGCAGUUUCCAAAGUGCUGCACAAAUACAUACUAAUAACAACAAUAAUAAUAUAAUAAUAUAAAAUGAACGCUCAGAUUUAAUCAUACUAGUCUUAAGACAACAAAACUUGGAAAAUAAAAUAAGAGCAAAGCCACAGAAUAGCAGUAAAUAAAUUCAAAAUAAAUAAAACACACAGAGGACCCCACAACAGAAAGCCAGAGAAUAAAAGUGGGUUUUAAAACGAGACUUAAAACACCACUGGGGGCUGUUCGGACUUUGGAGGGACAGAGCGUUCCAGAGUUUGGAGCCGGCCACAGAGAAGGCCCUGGUUUUAAGUUUCGAGUCUCGUCUUGGGCACCACGAGCUGGAAAUCCGUAAAAAUUCGGAUGAGGUCCAAGGUGUAUUGUGAGGCCAGUCCAUUCAAACCUUUAAACCAAACAAUAAAAUCCCGAAAUCAAUUCUAAAGUUAACAGGAAGCCAGCGCAGCAAAGACGGGAGGAUUGGGUCUCCAGAGCGAGCCCCUGCUCUUCCCCGUUAUAAAAUCCCCUCCAGGGUUGUGUUGUAGUGUUGAGGUGUUCAGUCCCACUUUAAAUAUUCCGAUUCCGAUGCAUAUCCUGCAGCACGAGUGAGCGGAAGCGCGUGAUUGGACGACUCCGUGUAGAGUUAAAGACUUGCACAGCGUUCACAGAAGAAUGCAGCCCUAGUGUGUGUUUUGUUUUGUUUUGUUUAUUCCCUAAAAAGAAGCACUACUCCUAUUAAAAUAUAUACUGUAAAUAGAUCCACCCGAAGGAAUGAAUGUCACAAAUGUUUAAAUUAUUUCAAACAUCGUCCAUUUUGGUUCAUAUGUGAUACCCGACAAUGUGUUUUUUAUGAUUCUAACUGUUAUAAAUACUGCUAUUACUGUGUAUCCCAUUGUUGGCGUGCUAAUGAUCUUUUUGUAUUUGUACUCACUGAGUGUAGAUAGCCUUAGCACUUUGUGGCUAAUCCAUGCGCUUGUUUUCAGAUUUCGUUGAUUGCUUUGUAUAAAAUAAGCUAAUCUAGAAGCAGUACUGUAGUGAGCUUGCAUGGCGACAUUGAAAUAUUAAUAUCAGUGUAUUGUUUCGAUCAUUUGUGCCAUGAAAAGCAGCAAUAACGACAUUUUAGCAUGUAUUGAGUUGGACCUUGAUAAACCGUGUGUGUAUAAUUCACUGUGUUGUGUUUGACCACUGUUAACAAGCAUAAUGCAUCGUGUGGCGCUGCUGGGGAGUAGAAUUUUAUUAAUACAUCAUUAAAAGCGCACUGUGUAACUUUUCUGACGGAGGGUUCCAUGGAGAGUGAGUGGAGUGUUUCUCAGUAUGGCAUUAAACCCUAGCCUGAUUCAUCAGCCGGUUUCACUUCGUAGAAACCGUCUGUCCUUGCAGCAUUAGAGUUCGUUCGCUCGACUGUAGGCGGGUGCUGUUUUUAUUUAACCAGUCGCUGCUAUUUGGUAGUGACGUAUGUAAUGUAAUGUAAACUGGUAUAUUAAAGGUUGUAUAGAGGAUUUUUUAAGGGAAGUGAAAUACAGCGACAGACUUUACUCUAGAAAUCACGCUUGUUUACAUCCAGUGCAUGUUCAGAAUUACUGCCGAAGUGACCUGUCUAAAAAUAUUUUAGCGACCGACGCAUCAGUUUUUAGACCCUUCGUCUGCUUCGGUCGCGCCAUCGCUGGAAGGAAUUCUUCUUUCGGUGACCUCACAAAUGGACUUUGUUUUGCGGCGAACCGGUCGUGGAUUCUCGUCCACCGCCGCGACAAACUUCGUGCGAACUGCGAGAAAGCGACAGUUUAAAAAAGCCUCUAAAAACCGCUGCGUAAACCACGUAAUCCCCGCGCGCCGACGAGUUACUUAGGUCGUCAAUCAAACUCCCUACAUUUGUAGUCUAACAGCCAAUAGAUAAAGAGGGAGCCUUGUUUUCUAUUGGCUGAUGUUUAUCUGGCCUCACUACGUCCACAGUUGAUAGAUUUUCAUUCUUUUUUUUUUUAGUCCUCAUAAUUACAAGACUGCUGCGUCUCUGUAAUGGUAUUUUAAACUUUCAAUCACAAUUUGAAACAAACAAAAAAAAUCCUCCAUACAACCUUUAAGCUUUUCCCAAAUCCCGUAGGAAGAAGAGCAAUAACGUAUUUCCCCUUGAUAAAAUUCAGUAAACAUUCUCUUUGUUUCGGCUUUAAAUCCUCGAUUUCGGGAAUCGUUACAACACAGAAUAUACGACUCUUCGCUGAUUGGCUGGUGCCCGAACUUGUACUUCUGGGAUUUUUGCGAAAUGUCUAGUGUGUUUUGAUUCCUGACCUAGUUGCUGGAGAGAAAUGAAAUUGAGAAAUUGAGCGGAGGCACUAGGUGGCGCCGGCCUGGCUAAUUAAACCCGUCUAUCUCCUAUAAGUAUCUGUAUAGCCAGGUAAUGCGUUCAGAAUAAGUUGUAGGUUAUUUCUGUGGAGAGGCGAGCCCACUCACAGUCAGAAUGCUUUGUUUUGUUUUUCUUUCUGAUUAUUCUAGUAGGGCUGGGUAUCAUUAAGAAGCCUACGAUACGAUACAUAUCUCGAUACAGUGAGCUUUCGAUUCGAGACGAUAUAUUUCAAAUCGAUUCGAUACAGCUCAGUAAAAAAUAAAAGCUAAAUCAUGGCUGUGAUACUAAAAGUCUUUGUUAAACCACUUCUUGAGCAAAGUUAAUAUGAAACACAAACAUUUUAAUCAUCAAAACAGUGAAAAUGUCAAAUGUGUCGCAUCAGAGAGUUUCCUUCCUCUAAACAAGCAACAAAACUGCAGCGCUGUAACAAAAUAAUUUAGUAAAAUAUACCAAAAAAUACUCUUGGUGAUAUAUCGAUACAGCAGCCCACGAUAUCGAUACUGUAUCAUCACAUUAAACAAUACGAUAAACCGAUAUUUUUCAUAUUUUUGCACACCCCUAUGUUCUAGUGGGUUUUUUUUUUCGUUUGUUUUGUUUUUUAUAGCAUUUCUGAAAAGAGAAAAAAAAGGAUUUAACACACGAUAUAGCGAGGGAACAAAUUAGACAAACAGCAUCCUGAUUACAGAUUACAUUUCAAUUUAAAUAACGUUACGGCACAUUAUGUCCAGCGUAUGAGUCGCAUUGAGUUUAUCAAAGAGGUCCGUUUUUAAAUUAAAUCCAAAUGUUUUGUUUUGUUGUUUUCUAUUUUUCGAAUUUCAUUUGUAAUUUCUGACCAGUCCAGAAUGCUUUGUUUGUUUUUAAUGAACAAUAAAAGCUUGAAACUUGAUUUAUUUUAAUACUAAGGAAUAAACUUGAUACUCAGUUCACAUUACGUUCCUACAUGAUAAUUAAUAACACUCAACAGAAUGUGAUUUUGAACAUUAAAUGGUACUUUCUUGUUUAUUCCCAUAUGUUCUUACAUCUGUGUAAUCCCCCAGUCGUCCAAAUUGUUUCCACGCUCUACGAGCUCUUAUACUUGUUCUGAUACGGCUCAAGAUUAUUCUAAAUAUACACAAAAAUGCUUACUUCUGUAGUGUGAAUGUGUGAAUAGUUUCGAUACUAGUUUUAGUUUCGAUUAGUAUCUGAAUUUCGAAACUUUCCACAACAAAUACACCUGGAAUUGGAUGAAUGCGAGAAAGAAAUGUUUAAUGUCAUGUUUAUUUCACGUUCCGACAUCUCCAUGAAGCAGAAAAGUUACACAUUGCGGCUUUAAAGCGAUUAGGACAAGUGGACAGUGUCGUAUUGCAAACAUUCCAGUCAUUAUAAUUAUUCAGUGGGAGUGGUCGUUCGUUCUUUUGUCACCACAUUGCCGUUAUGCUUGUGUCACACGGGCAAACUCAACGUAUCGUGCAUUAAUCAUCCAAAGUAGUCCUUAGCAAAGAUGUCUCCCAACUUUUACUCAAACCAGUAUUUGUUUAAUCAUCUACAAUAUUUUCAUAAUUUGGAAUGUAUCAAUUAUUUCUAUCUCAAACACUGUGCUGUGUCAACUACUCUAUAAUCUGUAAAAUUAUAAUCUGACCUCUUUAAACCACAGACUUUUCUCCUGGUCACUCGGCAUCGACAUGUUCUGACUGUGUUCAUAUGUGUAUCUAAUAUAAGUGAUUUGAUUUUGUGAAUGCUUUUUUCAGUUUAACAAAGGAUGAGAAAAAAAAAAUCAUUGACACAUGUUAAUAAAAGAUUUAACCCUGA